AUGGCUUCUGGUCUUCUGUCCUGGCUUGUCCCAGCGUUGUUGCUGGGUGCUGCUGUGGCGCCUGGGAAUGCGUCGCCGAUUGCUGGAGCUGUGGUGGGUAAUGGCACUGCCGACGGUUUGUUGGAUAUUGAUGGGUUUGGGGAUGGCAGCCUUGCCAAGCGCGCCAUGCCCGGUGCCGCCAGCGAUGAGGUGGUUCGGAAGUACGAACAGUUGGGUCAUACUCAAGUCAGCGAGUGGCUAUUUGCCACAUCUGCUGAUGCCACUGCGAAUCUGAUCGGGCCUGUGGUCAAAGAAGUUUUCAAUUUGAACGGCGAUCCCUUAAAGCACAACUGGCAGAGGCACCUCGUCACCAGGAAGGAAGAGGUUUUGAUCAAAGAUUGGGGAAUCAACGAUAUAUCUGGCACUGCUGUCUCCGCGGCAAGCGAUCCGGUCAAUAUGCUGGACAAACUCACCGUAGGUCGGCAGCCCACCUCCCCUGCGCAGCAGCUCGAGAAAUGGCAGGAGGAGCGUAAGGCACAAUCCGGCUUGUAUCCAAGAGGACCCAACGUUCGCUACCAAGUACACCAGCAAACGGCAAUCCCGGCGUAUUAUGGACAUCAACAGCCGUUCGUCAUGGGAGCUGGAUACGAUGUGACCCUUAACAUCGUCGACGGAAUCAUCAUUGUCGAUGAAGCUCGUGGCCCGACCCGCAGGGAUGACGGAUUCAGGAUUCCAUUCAAUCGAUUUCCAGAUAUCACAAGUUGGUCGGAGGUGGUUUUCGAUCUUUGGCUAAGGAUCAAGCCUGUUAAGAGACCACGGCAAAGCGUUAUGACAGUAGCGCCGAAUCAUGGUAAACUGAAUCCGUUCAGCACAUUCGAGCCUGGACUUAAGGUCAAAGAGUUUCUCGGAGUGGAGGGCUUUCUCAACUAUGUCUUCAUGGUCAACAUCCGGGAGCCUACCGAGGAAGUCAGCAUCAUCAAGAGAUGUCUGGCCUCCCGUACCGACGCCAAUCAGUAUCCCGGCUAUGAUGACGCUCAGAGGUUCUCUGUGGGACACUGGUGUUAUUAUGCUCUCCUCGCAUCUGAGCACGGCGAGGCCAUUGCAUGGCUCUUGACCACACACAAGGGCGCAGGCACAGUGAAGAUAGCCCGCAUGGGCAACAAGGUCUUGAAAUCUGUCACCGUUUUCGCAACGGACCCAUGUCCAGCAGACGGUCAGCAAUCGCAUCCGACUUUGAUGUGGGAGAUUGUCGACCAAGACCCAAAAUGGAUCGAGUCUGCCGGUCCGUCCCCAUUUGGUGCGCAAUCUGCAGGGUAUCAAGCCAACACCGGUACCACAUCGUCAACUUCUGGGCAGAACCUUCAAGUCCCAGGCCAGGAGAGUCCUGGAUACACCGGCAAAGGGAAAAAUCCAGCUCAGCAAGGCCAAUCGCCCGGGGGCGAGUCCGACGACUUGGCCUGGGCCAUCAACUAUCCUUCUUCGUCAGACUCUCACGGCCCUACGCCAGAUCCACCAAAUGUGCCAAAGCCUGGUGAUGGAGCACCUGGAGUGCCUGGGAGUGCUGCAGGCUCGUCGUCUCACCAGCAAGGAUAG